AUGGCGAAUCGCGGCAGGAGCCUUAACAAUCAGGUCUUUUCUAUUAAGGAUCUUCAACAACAUGGCUCGAACAAGAUGGAUAAGUCAACCCGGGAUUACUACAAUGAAGGAGCUAUGGAUCUCAUCACUUUGCGAUCAAACGAGGCGGCCUAUGACCGAUAUAUGAUUCGUCCUCGGGUUUUACGCGAUAUCUCAGGUCUCGAUACCAGCACUCAGUUCCUCGGCAUGAAGGUCAAGUUCCCAUUCGGUUUCUCUCCUACUGCUAUGCCAACUCUGGCUCACCCAGAUGGCGAGGUUGGAAUUUCUAAAGCUUGUGCGGAAUCUGAUACUCCGAUGGGCUUGUCUAACUAUUCGACGGUGGAUCUGGAAAAAGUCAUCAGUCAUCGCAAACAAAAUCCCUAUGUGAUGCAAAUCAGUCUUCUCAAGAACAAACCUGCGAUGAUCCAAUUGAUUAAGCGUGCAGAAUCUGCUGGCUUUAAUGCGUUCUUCGUUACGCUGGAUUGCCCCUAUCUUGGUCGCAGAUUGAAUGAGUACCGAAACGAAUUCUCAGUACCGAAGGGAAUGGAAUUCCCCAAUCUGUAUCCCGGUGUCGAUGUUACCAACCUUGAGGAUGGUGACGAGUCUAUGGCUUACGACGACAGCAUUGAAUGGCCCGAUAUUAUACCCUUUUUUCGCAAGCAUACCAAAAUGCAGGUCUGGGCCAAGGGAAUUUAUACUGCUGAGGAUGCUGAACUUGCAGUGAAGCACGGCUUCAACGGAAUUCUUAUCUCAAACCACGGUGGUCGCCAACUUGACGGUGUGCCAUCAACUCUAGAUGCACUCCGUGAGAUUGCGCCCGCUGUGAAGCGUCGGAUCCCCGUUGCCGUUGAUGGAGGCAUUCGCCGUGGUACGGAUAUUUUUAAGGCUUUAGCUCUAGGAGCGGACUUUUGCCUUGCCGGACGACCGGCACUUUGGGGGUUGGCUUACGACGGCCAAAAUGGAGUGAAGUUGGCUCUCGACCUACUUUAUGACGAGUUCAAAGUCUGUAUGGCACUUUCUGGUUGUCGGAAUGUGGCCGCCAUCAACAAAAACUGCGUCUCACUGUUACAGCAGGAUGGCCGCCUCUUGAAACUGUAA